AAUUAGACACAGGGCUGCUCCGGACAGCUUGUCACUGCUUCCUUACACUAAAUCCUUAAGGCAUAAAAAUAUCCGUUUCAAGAAGCUAUUUUAAGCUGAAGGACUGGAGAACCUGAGGAUCCUUUUACAUGUGAUUGUGGUAGACCAGGAGAUGGAACCUGGCCUGGUCCCCAAGAAGGCCUCAUUCUAAUCGUACGGAGCAAAAACAUUAAUGAAACCUUUCCUGGCAUCAUGAACAUCUCUGAUCCCAUCACACUGGUUCUGUCCAUCAUUUUAUGCAUUUUUCUUGCCCUAUUUUUCUUUGGAUGGAAAAGAAACGCUCAUUAUAAUCUGCCCCCUGGGCCCAGACCGUUACCAAUCAUUGGAAACCUGCACAUUCUAGACCUGAAGAAACCGUAUCUGACCCUUCAUCAGCUCUCUAAGAAGUACGGACCGGUGUACACCAUUCAAUUAGGAGUGGAGAAAGCCGUUGUACUGUGCGGAUACGAGGCGGUGAAAGACGCCCUUGUCAAUCAUGCAGACGAAUUUUCAGGAAGACCAUAUGUGCCGUUUUUUGAGGAAAUAUCAAAAGGACUUGGAGUUCUUUUUUCUCACAAUGAGAACUGGAGAGUGAUGAGACGAUUCGCUCUGUUAACUCUUAAAGAUUUUGGAAUGGGGAAAGAAGCCAUUGAAAGCAAGAUUUCUGAAGAAAGUGAUUUUUUGGUAAAGAAGUUCAGAACUUACAAAGGUGAACCCUUUGAUAACACCAUGAUUAUAAAUGCAGCUGUAGCCAACAUUAUAGUCUCCAUCUUACUGAGUAAUCGAUUUGAUUAUGAGGAUCCUACACUUCUGAAGCUGUUAAAGAUCAUUAGUGAAAGUAUCCAAUUACUUGGAAGCCCAAUGGCUACGCUGUAUAAUGCCUAUCCAUCACUGAUACACUGGUGUUCAAGUAUUCAUACAGUAGUGAUGAAGAAUGUGGAUGAACUGCAUGAGUUUAUUCGUGAAACCUUCACCAACCAGAAAAAAAUACUGGAUGUCAAUGACCAGAGGAACCUUAUUGACGCCUUCCUGGUGAAACAACAAGAGGAAAAACCGAAUCCUCACUUAUACUUUACUAAUGAAAACCUAACAGUGCUUGUGAGGGACCUCUUUGCCGCUGGCAUGGAAACAACCUCAACUACUCUGAGAUGGGGUCUUCUGCUGAUGAUGAAAUAUCCAGAAGUCCAAAGAAAAGUUCAAAGUGAGAUUGAAAAAGUUAUUGGGUCAGCUGUGCCCCAAGCGAGUCAUCGUAAAGUCAUGCCCUAUACUGACGCCGUCAUCCAUGAGAUUCAACGUUUUGGAAACAUUGUUCCAACCAACCUGCCACACGCUACUACUCAAGAUGUCAAUUUCCGGGGAUAUCUCCUGCCCAAAGGGAUACAUGUCAUCCCGCUGCUGACCUCCGUACUCUAUGACAAGGAUCAUUUUGCAAAAGCUGAUGAGUUUUACCCAGAACACUUUCUGGAUUCCAGUGGAAAUUUUUUAAGGAAAGAAGCAUUCAUGCCCUUCUCAGCUGGUAGAAGAAGUUGUGCUGGAGAGAGCUUGGCCAAAAUGGAGCUGUUCCUGUUCUUCACAAGACUACUGCAGAACUUCACAUUCCAGGCUCCUCCUGGGGCUGCAUUAGACCUCAACUCUGCAAUAGGAUUUACAGCUGGACCACUGCCCCAUAAGAUAUGUGCUAUACCCUGUGUAUAAGCUAUGAAUGUCACUUACACUGAAAAUGUUAAUAAUUGUCUACAUAGGUUUGCGGUCAAACAACAUUUGAAAAUGGAAACUGCCCUAAAAAAAUAUUUUACUCCUGAGAUGACCUAUACAUGUUGUCCCCAUAACAAUUGGAAAAUUUAUAGUUGAUCUGGUGUCGCAAAAGUUUUCAAGAAGUAGUUGAGGUGCACUUGCAUGAAUGUAGGAAAUUUAUAAUGGCCUGUUAUGAAGUGUGAGAGUAACAAGGUAACUGUAUGUAUUAUAUUCAUAAUAAUCUAUAUAACAUGAAUAACAAUAUAUGUAUAACUGAACGUUGAGUUUGUUCUAUUUGUACUCUGUGUAUACCUUAUCAUCUAUUCCACUGUUACAGCAUAUCUUAUCCUUAGAAUACAUUCUGAAGGUCAUCUUUUUUACUUGUGCUGAGAAACAAGUUUGUAAGGAAAGGGCGAGUAUUUGACUUGAUAUAGAAUACAAUGGUGACAAUUGCUUAAGAUGGAGGAUGACCUGAUAUAUACCAGAUGUUCUAGGAAACGUUUCUCUUCGUUCUUAAAAUAAAUGGAACCAGAUGAUUUGUAUUAUUAUCCAAUUUGGGUCCAGUUUCAUUAAAAUGAAUUUUUAUCUAUUUCCAAACAAUAAGAUAUUGCCAAUAUGCUAUCACGUGUAAUUAUGUAAUCUGCUACAUCUGAUUUUUGAGUAUUGUAACCGCUUUGUAACACCCAGUUACUCCCAUUAACCUAAGGGUAUAAUAAUAAAGAUUUUUGGGGUGGUCCUGCAGAUCUCCCUAGAUACA